AUGUCUGAACAAAGUAAAGUUCUUAGCGAAAGCCAAAAAGCAGAGAUCAAAGAGGCCUUCGAUCUCUUUGAUACCUCAGGAUCAGGAACAAUUGAAGCAAAGGAGCUGAAGGUUGCUCUUCAAGCUCUUGGAUUUGAGCCUUCCAGAGAGGAGAUCAGAAAGCUGGUCAGUAAUGUUGAUAAAGACAAGAUGGAGAAAAUUGAUUUCCAUCAGUUCCUUGACAUUAUGAUAACCAAGAUGAAUGAAAAAUAAUGAUAAUUCUGAGCUCGAAGAUGCCUUCGCCCUCUUCGAUAUUAACGGAGAUGGAUAUAUCACUCUUGAUGAGUUAAAACAAGUCGCUACUGACCUUGGAGAAGACAUGACGGAAGAAGAGCUUAAAGAAAUGCUUAUGGGAGCUAGCAGCAAGAGUAAAGAUAAAGAUAAGGACAAAGACAGUCUCAAAGUAGACAAGCAUGGAUUCGUUACCAUUCUUAAAAAGUCUAAUUCAUAG